AUGCUUCAUCACAUGUGCAUUCUUUUAGAAGAAAUGUGAUUUUUCCCUCCCACCACAAAAACUUGGAACUCCAGUUUGUCCCGUGGCUGUAGAGAAAUGGCCACCGCACAUCUCUCCGGCACCGUUAUCCGGCCAAUUUCCUGCAAUUAUGUUACUCACCGGAAACUAAAAUCGCCGGGGAGCUCGGUGUUCUUCAUCAAACAAUUCAGAAACAGAGCUCUAGUGGAUAAUAGAACUCGUAUUAGACUGAGUUUAGUAGAGCAAAUCCCGCCAAAAUCGUCGAAAGUCGACGUUGAACGGUUGGUAGAUUUCUUGUACGAGGACCUUCCACAUCUCUUCGAUGAUCAAGGAAUUGAUCGGACGGCGUAUGACGAACAGGUCAAAUUUCGGGAUCCAAUUACGAAGCACGACAGUAUAAGCGGGUAUUUGUUCAACAUUGCAAUGUUGAAGCUGGUGUUCUCUCCUAACUUCCAGCUUCACUGGGUCAGACAGACAGGACCAUACGAGUUAACUACAAGGUGGACAAUGGAAAUGACGUUCUCCCUUUUACCAUGGAAGCCAUUGUUGGUCUUUACAGGAACUUCAGUUAUGGGCAUCAAUCCAGAAAAUGGAAAAUUUUGCAGUCAUUUGGACUAUUGGGAUUCUAUAAAGAACAACGAGUACUUUUCUUCGGAAGGUCUCGUGGAUUUGAUAAAACAGCUGCGGAUUUACAAGACUCCAGAUUUGGAAACACCCAAAUAUCAGAUACUCAAAAGAACAGCAACUUAUGAGGUACGGAAGUACAGCCCCUUCAUAAUCGUUGAAACGCAAAGUGACAUGCUUGCAGGAUCAACAGGAUUUAACGACGUAGCAGGGUAUAUAUUUGGGAAGAACUCCACGGAGGAAAAGAUAGCAAUGACGACUCCGGUUUUCACCCAAGCAUUCGAUCCCGAGAUGUCCAAAAUGUCUAUCCAAAUUGUUCUUCCAUCAGAUAAAGAUAUGAGGAGUUUACCAGACCCAAACAAAGAAGCAGUUGGUUUGAGGACCGUUGAAGGAGGGUUUGCAGCUGUAUUAAAGUUCAGUGGAAAACCUAUGGACGAUAUUGUUCGUGAAAAAGAGAAAUUACUCAGGUCUAGUCUUCUUCUCGAUGGUCUCAAACCUAAAGAUGGAUGUUUACUGGCUCGCUACAAUGAUCCUGGUCGAACCAAAAGUUUUAUGAUGAGAAACGAAGUUCUCAUUUGGCUCGAAGAAUUUGCAUUGGAUUAGUUGUGUUGGUCUCAAUUAAUCCCAUCUUGGAGGAUCGAUCUUUACAAGACCUGUAUGUUGUUCGGGUUCGACGAUAGAAACACUGUAAGCAAAUCCCUGUCAAAUACAUUUUAUAGUAACUACACGAAUAUGAAUAUAUAUUGUAGCAUUAGUACCCCACCAGUUAUUUUCUUGUAGCCAUGGUUUCUUGUUCACAAUAAAAAAUAAUGUCAUUUUAUAAA